AACGGGAAGGUGUGUUUCCGGAAGACGUGGCUGUUGAUGCAGUGGCAGCUGUUAUCCCAGUCAUUCCUAGAAGAAAUCAUCUGUAUAACCCUGCCUUUGUUUCUGUUUAAUCUUCUGUCGGUUAUUCAGCGUCAAGAUGAUUUCCCUGACGGACUCCCAGAAGAUUGGGAUGGGAUUAACAGGGUUCGGCGUGUUUUUCCUCUUCUUUGGGAUGAUCCUCUUCUUUGACAAAGCGCUUCUAGCCAUUGGAAACAUCCUGUUUGUUGCUGGACUCGCCUUCGUCAUCGGGCUGGAGAGGACUUUCCGCUUCUUCUUCCAGAAGCACAAGAUGAAGGCCACCAGUUUCUUCCUGGGAGGAGUGUUUGUGGUUCUGAUCGGCUGGCCCAUCGUCGGAGUCCUGCUGGAGAUUUAUGGGUUUUUCCUCUUGUUCAGGGGCUUCUUCCCGGUGGUGGUUGGCUUCAUCAGGAGGAUACCCGUACUCGGCUCCAUCCUUAACUUGCCUUUCUUCAGCGCAUACGUGGACAAAGUGGGCGAGAGCAACACCAUGGUAUAACAGACUCUUUCUAGCCAGGAGCUCUCCCUGGCGCUGACUCCCAGCAGCAGAGGACAUGUAAUGUCCCGUCUGUCUCUGAAGGACCGACUCCUACUAAGGUCACUACCACGAACUGAUCCCUCGCUGCCUCUGCUGACUGCAUCCUGCACAAAGACUAUGGAUGAAGACUCGCGGUGGACUCCUGAGCCCACACUCCAAGGAUGAGAGCGGACCUUCAGCCUGCCAUGUUACAUUUCUGUGCCUGUGCUUUAACUUUAUGUGGACGAAGUCCAGCAUCUUGUCUCUCUGCAGUUCUUCUGUGUUUCUCUGUUGCAGCUGUUUGAACGUCUGUUGCCACAUUUCCGUUGUUACAUGUCAGUUGUGGUGAUGUUUGGUGAGGAUGCUUCAGCAUAAAUUAUUUUUAAAGGACCAGUGCUUGGCUUCAUUCCUGGUGAGAUGCUGGAGGAUCAUGUGGGUGUUUAUGAGUCAUGUGGGAAACGUGUGACGGGGUCAUGUGAAGCUAAUGCUAAGAGGCACUCUGUCCUAUCUCACGGCACCGUGUGAUUGGUUCCCAGCUCUUAGAGCUGGACUUAAGGGAAUUCUGUUGCAGAUCAACUAAAGUGGAGCAUCACUGUCUGAAGUUCGAAACUGCUGUGUGCAGAUCUCUAUUUCACCUCUUGAUGGGGACCAGUUUCUCUCAGCUCUUGUUCACGAUGAGCAGGAAUCCACAAAGAACUUCAUCAUUAUGAUGUACAUGCAGCCUUUUAUGUAGCUUAAAUCUGUUUCCUCGGAAAACAGCCUGAUGUGACGAGUGUGCCCACUAACCAGAGAGACCCAAGCUGUAAUCAGGCUGAAAACGAGAGGAGUUCAAAUCUAAGCAACUUCUAUACAACCACCGCUCCAAAACUGGUCAGAUCUCUGUGUAAAUGUUAAUAAAAACACAAUGCAAUGAUU